UCACAUUGUGUAAUCAUUCGGAUUAUUGUUUAGUCUAAUAUGUGGUGCAGGCCUUUAGGGUCAUCCUUAAAAGUGGAGAUGUUUUGUUCACUGCAUACUUCUAGUUGUAAAGUUGCCCUUUGGCCCGAUAAAGCGUUCUUUUUGCAGGCACGCCUGGAGUUGUUGAAUAUGCAAAUUAUAAUGAUAUGAAACGUGCUUUCAGGAAGCUGGAUGAUUCUGAAUUUCUAUGCAUUCUCUCGCGCUUAUAUCCGAGUGAGGGAGGACUCGAGGAGUCUGAGUCUAGAUGACAGGUCGAGAAGCAGAAGCUACAACCGUGGCUGUAGUUAUAGUCGAAGCCGCAGCCGCAACCACAGUAUAUCUCCGCGAAGAAAUUCACGCCGUUGUUAUUCUAGAUCUCCUUCGAAGUCCCGCUCGAGAUCUCCCUCUCGUUCUCGCUCUAGAUCAGUACUCUUUCUGUUUGAGCAAUGGAAUCGGAAGUUCAUCAUAGUUCGUCCUCAUCAUUGACGGAAUCAAGCAAGUUUUCUUAUUCAUGUGUCUGAUGUUUAAUGUUCUGAAUAAUCGUUUUAAAUGUUCUGCAUUUGAAACCAAAUGUUCUAUGUACACAUUAUACAUGUU